CCACCUUCUGUAACUACAUUUGAACCUCUGCUAGUUGCCUAAUUUUGACCAGACUUCCAAGUUCCAUCCCAUCCCCACCCCACCCCGUGGUUUAAUGAUAUGUGUAUAUAUAUAUGUGUGUGUGUGUGUAUUCGUAAUGUAAGAAACAGCGCAUGCUGCCACAUUUCUCUACAUUUGUAGUAUCUUCGUGCUGGAAGCCCAAAAGGGCUGCGCCAAAGCAUCCUCAAAACAAAUAUCAGAGUCUUAAAACAAGAGUUUGGGUUAAGAACAAUAUUUAACAGAUGGCGGCGGAGCUGGUGGCCGAUGAUCUGGCUCGGACGACGAGCAGCAAGCGGAGCUGGAGGUCGCACAGCAUAAGGGAUGUGUGGCAGGGGCCACCAGACGUGUUCGCGAGGAGCAGCACGCGGCGGCAGGCGGCGGACGACGAGGAGGAGCUCAAGUGGGCGGCCAUCGAGAGGCUGCCGACGUACGACCGGAUGAGGAAGGGGAUGCUGCAACAGGUGAUGAGCAAUGGGAGAAUGGUGCAUGCUGAGGUGGACGUCGCGAAGCUUGGUGUGCAGGAUAGGAAACAGCUGAUGGAGAGCAUUCUCAAGGUUGUGGAGGAUGAUAAUGAGAAGUUCCUUCGAAGACUGAGGAACAGGACUGAUAGGGUCGGAAUUGAGAUUCCAAAACUUGAAGUGAGGUUCCAGAAUUUAUCGAUAGAGGGAGAUGCAUAUGUUGGAACAAGAGCACUUCCUACUCUGCUCAACUCAACACUCAAUACAUUAGAGGCUGCUCUAGGGAUGAUUGGACUGUCUCCGUCGAAGAAAAGGGUGGUUAAGAUACUUCAAGAUGUUAGUGGAAUUGUGAGACCAUCAAGGAUGACACUACUUCUUGGGCCGCCAGGUUCAGGAAAAACAACAUUGUUAAAAGCAUUAGCAGGAAAACCUGAUGAUGAUAUGAGGGUAACUGGAAAAAUCACAUAUUGCGGCCAUGAAUUUCAUGAAUUUGUUCCCCAAAGAACGUGUGCGUACAUUAGCCAACAUGAUCUUCACUAUGGUGAAAUGACUGUUCGUGAAACACUGGAUUUCUCCGGUAGGUGUUUGGGAGUCGGGACGAGGUAUGAAAUGCUGUCAGAGUUGUCGAGAAGAGAGAAAGAAGCAGGUAUUAAACCUGAUCCUGAAAUCGAUGCUUUCAUGAAAGCCACAGCCUUGGUUGGGCUGGAGACGAGCUUGAUCACAGAUUAUGUCCUCAAGAUCCUCGGACUGGAUAUUUGUGCUGAUAUUAUGGUUGGAGAUGAUAUGAGGAGGGGCAUUUCUGGUGGACAGAAGAAGCGUGUUACUACCGGGGAAAUGUUGGUAGGACCAGCAAAAGCGUUCUUCAUGGAUGAGAUAUCAACAGGGCUGGACAGUUCCACCACCUUCCAGAUAGUCAAAUUCAUGAGACAGAUGGUUCAUAUCAAUGACAUAACGAUGGUCAUCUCUCUAUUACAGCCAGCUCCCGAGACAUUCGAUCUUUUCGAUGAUGUUAUCCUGCUAUCAGAUGGUCAGAUUGUCUAUCAGGGUCCCCGUGAAAACAUUCUUGAAUUCUUCGAGUACAUGGGAUUUAGAUGUCCGGAGAGGAAGGGAGUUGCAGACUUUCUGCAAGAAGUCACUUCAAAGAAAGACCAAGAACAAUACUGGUGCAAGAAAAAUCGACCUUACCAUUACGUCUCUGUGCCCGAGUUUGCACGGGCCUUCAAUUCCUUCCACAUUGGCGAAAAACUUUUGCAAGAACUCAGAGUUCCUUACGAUAAGUCAAGAACGCAUCCUGCCGCGUUAGUGAAAGAGAAAUACGGCAUCUCCAGCUGGGAACUCUUCAGAGCAUGCUUCUCUAGGGAAUGGCUGCUGAUGAAGCGCAGCUCGUUCAUUUACAUCUUUAAGACUACACAAAUCACAAUAAUGGCCACCAUUGCCUUAACCGUUUUCCUAAGAACAGAGAUGAAAUCGGGUAGAAUAGAAGACGCUUCCAAGUUUUGGGGAGCCCUUUUCUUCAGUCUCAUCAAUGUUAUGUUCAACGGAAUGCAAGAGCUGGCCAUGACGGUUUUCAGGCUUCCUGUGUUUUUCAAGCAGAGGGACUGUUUGUUCUACCCAGCUUGGGCUUUCGCCUUGCCUAUUUGGGUUCUCCGCAUUCCAAUAUCCGUGAUGGAGUCUGCACUGUGGAUCGUUCUCACCUAUUACACCAUUGGUUUUGCACCUUCUCCAGUUAGGUUUUUCAAGCAAUUGUUGGCAUUCAUUGGAGUGCAUCAGAUGGCUCUUUCUUUGUUCCGUUUCAUUGCUGCUGCUGGAAGAACUCAAGUAGUUGCAAACACCCUUGGAACUUUCACCUUGCUUAUGGUCUUUGUUCUCGGAGGCUUCAUUGUUGCAAAAGAUGACAUCGAAGAUUGGAUGAUAUGGGGGUACUAUGUUUCUCCUAUGAUGUACGGACAAAAUGCGAUUGCCAUUAAUGAGUUUCUUGCUGAGAGAUGGAGUGCACCCACUAAUGGCUCUGAACCAACUGUCGGAAAGACCCUUCUUAGGGACAGAGGUUUAUUUACUACAGAAUCCUGGUACUGGAUAUGCAUCAUGGCUCUUUUCGGGUUCUCUCUUCUUUUCAACGUUCUUUUCAUUGCAGCAUUGACGUACUUGAAUCCUCUGGGUGAUAAUAAAGCUGUCAUAUCAGAUGAAAAUGAGGAAAUCAAGAAUAAGCCGCGAAUAACGUCGAAUGGUGAAGGUGUUCAAAUGGCUGAAAGGAACGCUCGUGGAAAUGCCAACUCGACUGUUGUUGCAGCAAACAGCGAACCAAGAAGAGGGAUGGUUUUGCCUUUUGAACCCCUCUCUCUUGCAUUCAACCAUGUGAAUUACUAUGUUGAUAUGCCUGCUGAAAUGAAGACUCAAGGAGUAAACGAGGAAAGACUUCAGUUGCUGCGAGACGUUAGUGGAGCUUUCAGGCCUGGUGUCCUGACAGCAUUGGUAGGUGUCAGUGGAGCUGGAAAGACAACGUUAAUGGAUGUUUUGGCAGGUCGAAAAACUGGAGGUUACAUUGAAGGAACCAUAAGUGUCUCAGGCUACCCUAAGAACCAAGCAACGUUUGCUCGAGUCAGUGGCUACUGUGAGCAGAACGAUAUCCAUUCGCCUUAUGUUACUGUGUAUGAGUCGCUCCUUUACUCUGCCUGGCUGCGUCUUGCUGCUGAUGUGAAAACAGAAACGCGAAAGAUGUUUGUGGAGGAGGUAAUGGACUUAGUUGAGCUUAAUCCGUUGAGGAACGCUCUUGUUGGACUUCCGGGAGUAGACGGUCUUUCAACCGAACAAAGAAAGAGGCUCACCAUUGCUGUUGAGUUAGUAGCCAAUCCAUCCAUAAUCUUCAUGGAUGAGCCAACCUCUGGACUUGACGCCCGGGCUGCAGCAAUUGUCAUGCGCACGGUGAGGAACACGGUGGACACAGGUCGUACAGUGGUCUGUACAAUCCACCAACCUAGUAUCGACAUUUUUGAAGCUUUCGAUGAGCUGCUGUUAAUGAAGAGAGGAGGACAAGUAAUCUACGCCGGCCCGCUUGGUGAUCGGUCUCACAAACUUGUGGAGUAUUUCGAGGCUGUACCAGGGGUUGCCAAGAUCAAAGAGGGCUACAAUCCAGCUACAUGGAUGUUGGAGGUCAGCUCCUCCGCCGCUGAAGCUCAACUUGAUGUCGACUUUGCCGACAUUUACGCUAACUCCAGCCUUUACCAGAGGAACCAACAACUGAUAAAGGAACUGAGCACUCCUGUUCCAGGAUCUCAGGACCUAUACUUUCCCACACAAUACUCUCAGUCCUUUCUCACCCAGUGCAAAGCCUGCUUCUGGAAGCAGCAUUGGUCAUACUGGAGAAACUCACAGUACAAUGCUAUUCGGUUCUUCACGACAAUUGUUAUUGGCGUUCUGUUUGGUGUUAUCUUCUGGCAGAAAGGGGACCAAAUACACAGGCAACAAGACUUGCUUAAUCUGCUGGGAGCUACAUAUGCUGCAGUUCUUUUCUUGGGAGCCACCAAUGCUUCUGCUGUUCAAUCUGUUGUGGCUAUUGAGAGAACGGUGUUCUAUCGUGAAAGGGCCGCUGGGAUGUACUCGGAGCUGCCCUACGCAUUUGCGCAGGUGGCGAUAGAGACGAUCUAUGUUGCGAUACAGACUAUCGUUUACUCUCUACUUCUCUACUCGAUGAUUGGAUACCACUGGACAGGAGAGAAGUUCUUCUACUUCUACUACUUCAUAUUCAUGUGCUUCACAUACUUCUCAAUGUAUGGAAUGAUGGUUGUAGCACUGACUCCUGGCUACCAAAUUGCUGCCAUUGUCAUGUCCUUCUUCCUAAGCUUCUGGAACUUGUUCUCCGGCUUCCUCAUCCCCCGUCCGCUUAUCCCAAUAUGGUGGCGGUGGUACUACUGGGCUUCGCCAGUUGCCUGGACAAUCUACGGCAUAUUUGCGUCCCAAAUAGGCGAUCAGACGAGCGAUCUCGAGCUGACUGGCAACACUCAGACAAUGAGAGUGAACGAUUUUCUUAAAGACUAUUUGGGAUAUGAUCAUGACUUUCUUAUUGCUGUGGUUUUUGCUCAUGUUGGUUGGGUUCUUCUGUUCUUCUUUGUUUUUGCAUAUGGGAUCAAGUUCCUUAACUUCCAAAGAAGAUGAGGAGUCUAACUUUGCAUGGGGGAAAUUGUUUGAUAUGUCAUAGGGCAAGUGUAUACUACGUAGAAUAUGUAGCUGUUAAGGAAGGAGACAAUCCGUCUCUUUUGUUUUCUUUUUUUGGUUUUCUCGAUUGCUUUCGUUGUAAUAUUUUGGUUUUCUUGAUUCACCGAGUUUUGAAGUUUGAAGGAAAUUAAACAAAAAGGUGAGCCAUUA